AGGGCAGGUGGCGUUGGGGGAGCUACUGAAUAGGAAGUCAUCUGGUAUUUAUAUGAAACUGCUCUCCGGUUUCAAUGACCCACCAAAAAAACGUGCCAGCACGAGUGUGCUUAAUCCCUGCUCAUCCGAAGUGUGCCAGAGCCGCUUUCUCCCCCUCCCUUCUCGCCUCCUCUGUUCAUAUAACCCAGGCUGCCUCCAGCCAGCCUUUGCCCACUUGCCUCUCUGGUCCUGAGCCCGCGAGGGUGCAGCACGUCUCGGAGAAUGAGCACCUUCUUGGAGACCGUGUGGCUCUGCCUGACUGUCACUGUCGUGCUGGGAGGCAUAGCUCUUUGCAAUGCCAGGAAGAGCCCAGGGCAGGCUGGAGGAAAGGUGGUCUGGCUGGCAGGCCUCUGGGGAGGGGCUUACCUGCUGCUCAGCCUGUCCCUGUCCUGGAGCCUGAUCCUCUGCCUCCUGUCCUGUUCCCUCCUGUACACCUACCUGUCUGGUCAGGAGCUGCUACCUGUGGAUCAAAAGGCGGUGCUGAUCACAGGUGGCGAUUCCGGAUUUGGCCAUGCUCUGUCCAAAUACUUGGAUGAACUUGGCUUCACGGUAUUUGUGGGAGUUCUGGAUGAAAAGGGAUCCGGAGCAGAGGACUUGCGAAGAAUCUGCUCCAAACGCCUCUCUGUGCUCCAGAUGGAUGUCACCGACCCACAGCAGAUAAAAGAUGCCCACAGCAAAGUGGUGGAAAAGGUGCAGAACAGAGGUCUGUGGGCUCUGGUCAACAACGCUGGCAUCCUUGGCUUGCCAGCUGACGGCGAGCUCAUUCCCAUGACCGGGUACAAAAAAUGCAUGGCUGUGAACUUCUUCGGGGCUGUGGAGGUCACGAAGGCAUUUUUGCCUCUUCUAAGGAAAUCCAAGGGCAGGCUGGUGAACAUCAGUAGCAUGGCAGGAGGGGUCCCAAUGGAAAAGCUGGCAGCCUAUAGCGCAUCCAAGGCGGCUCUGACCAUGUUCUCAGCAGUCAUGAGACAAGAGCUUUCCAAAUGGGGAGUUAAAGUCUCUGUCAUCCAGCCCGGAGGCUUCAGAACCAAUAUCGCAGGCACCAGUGAAGUGUGGAGCAAGCAUGAGAAGGACAUCCUGGACCACCUUACCUCCGAUGUGCAGGAGGACUACGGCCAGGACUAUAUCCUUCAGCAACGCAACUAUCUUAAGCUCAUCGACACGAAGGCCAAUGCAGAUAUGUCCCCUGUCCUCCUGGACAUCCGACAUGCUGUGUCUGCUAAGAGCCCCUUUGCCUUUUAUGCGCCAGGGGCAAUGGCUUAUUCCUUGCUCUGCUUGGUUUCCUUUAGUCCUACUGGUGUAUUUGAUUAUUUAAGCAAAAAACUGUGUAACCUUGGAGGGAGCAUGCCCAGAGCGCUAAGAAGGCCUAACUGAAGAAUAAGGCACAUGGGCAAAUAUGUGGGAAGUGUUAUUCUUGGAACAUAAGGGCAACUUGAACUUCCCAUUAAAGUUGUGGUUUCCUA